GCCGGGCCCUUCAAUUUAAGAGAUCCAAUGGGCAGAGAUUUCGUUCAGAUUUCUGGGGGCGGAAUAUAUUUGAUGAGCUAACUGGUAUUGACUGGCAUAACUCCAACUACAGCCGCUUGGCAACCACUAUCAAUACAUAAUUGGACUGCAGUCAACCCGGAUAUCUCACAAGACAUGCUCUUUAUUUCUUCAUCAGUACAGAGAGGCAAUACUAGUUGAACCAGGCCCCGGUGGAUACCUUGUCCCUCUAUCCCAUUGACAAUGAUACUGUCCUUGAUGUCCUUGACAAUACUUAGCUACAAAAAUAAUCGCCCUGGUGGUAGUACAUGGAACAAACAUCCCAUCAAAAGAUACCCGGAAUGAAACAACGCAUUCUAACUCUUGUAAUAUACCAAAUAUCAUACUACACGCACGUGCAUCGAUUCUUUGUUUUUGCUUCCCGGACUUGAUUUAUUGCGCUGGUUUGAUAUUCGAGAAUUAGUUUUUGCUUGAUUGCACACUAGAAGCAAAAAUGUAUGAGAGAAGUUCUUUUAUUUUGAGCGUUCCCCAGAUAUCUAAUACCCCUAGACUGGAGCUUUUCUAUCCAACACACUCACUUACUAGACAUAUAUUUAAUACUGAAGUCAAGGCCAAGGGGAGAAAGAAUGCGAAAAAUGGAAAGUCUCAAUUGACUGAGCAAACAUGUUUUCACUUGAUCUCUAUUUUACGUCACUGUGUCAAAUUCUUUGUCGAAGACAUACAUAGGUUACCUUGCAAAGAACAUGGAACAAAGCACAUACAUAAUUACAUGCAUGAAACAUCUCAGUCACAACUAGAGAGCAAAGUCUCACAUCCACCUGCAUGGCUUUUGGCUCCUUUUCUUUCUUCCUUCCCGCUCCUCUUCUCCAUCUCAGGUGACACCACAGCUGCAACAUUCUGCAUAUUCCCGCAAACAUCCGGCCCUGCGCAUUGUCCUGGACUACAAACAAUACUUCAACCCGCCUGUCUUGGGUUAUCUUGCUUGCUACUCCUCGCUCUUGAACCGUACCUCUUCCAUCUCGUCUAUGGUUUCGACCUUUCCAUCCUGCGUGAUCUGACUGGCUGCCCGGCCAUGCCGAUGCUCCAUAUCCUCAUUAUGCCGCUGCACGUCUUCCUCUUCCUUGUCCCUCCUGCGCCUUUCAUCCUCGCUUAGUUCUUCUCUUGAUGGUCGUUUCGGGUGCUUUGCAUCUUUGCCGCUGUGCUGGUAUGCAUCACUGAGGGCGGGUUUGGCGUGGUUAGAAGGUAUACGAGAGUCGAAUUCUUUGGCAAACGAGUCUGCUUCUUCCAUGUCUGGCUCAGGCUUGUGAUGCUGAUAGUGUCGGUGGACUAAGAUUGGUCAUAUAUGUUAGAACUGCUGUCUACAUACGGCAUGAAGGGUUCAACUUACCUUGUUCCUUGCCAGUUGAUGAAUGUUCCUCUCUUAGCCCGCCCCGGGGACUUGAAUGGAGGAGUCUCUCAUGAUAGCCGCUGUGCCU